GCAGCGAAAGAGAGCGCAAACAAAGUUGAUCUUACAAUUGCACCGUUGGUGAAGCGGAAUGAGCAUUUCGAGUUGGAUGCUGGUGUUCCCGAUUUGGAUGCUGGUGUUCAUGGAGAUGAAGAGAAAGGAGGAAAUAAAGAUUAUUGUGACAGUAAGUUCCUUUGAUUUUAUUGUUUUCAUUUGAUUGUUAGAGUUUUUCAUUUGGUGGAAACAUUGUUUUAGUUUGAGUGGAAUACAUUUGUUUAAAUGAAAAAGUUAAAGAGGUAACUGAAAGAAUAAAAAGACCAACUGAAAACUGUGAAACUCUAACUGAAAUAAUAUUUAUACCAGCUGAAUAUCAUAUAAAUACCAAAUGAAACUUUUUCUAUUUGUUUUUAUUUCAUCUGGUGGAAACAUUGUUUCAGUUUGUCAAUGAAUUGAUUCAUUUUUGAUUUUGUGUGUUUUUCGUCUCUUGUGUAUUUAGCUUUUUUUUUAUUGUUUUGGUUUUUGAAUGAAGAUGAUGAGAAAGAACCAAAGGAAGAUGAUAAGACGAGGAAUGCUGAUGAUGAUCAACUUAAAGAGGUUAAGGAUAAGGAUAAGGAUAAGGAUAAGGAUAAGGAUAAGGAUAAGGAUAAGGAUAAGGAUAAGGAUAAGGAUAAGAGUGUUAUGAUUCUGGUUUGCAGAAAAGUUCUUGUGAGAAGCAGAUUAUUGAUUCUACACAUAUCCCUACUCCUACGGCUGCUGUUGAAGUUGUUGAUCUUUCUACUCCUCCUUCCAUUGUUGAAGUUGUUGAAAACGUCUAUAGUAGAAGGUCUUCGAAAGUUGAUUCUUCUGGUAAAGGGAAAAAGAUAUCUGAAUACGUUCGCCUUCUGCGUUAUCAGUGUCCUGUUGGUGGUCCUGCUUUUAAAAGUGCCGAUCCUUCAUGCCCUUCAUUCCAACUAUUAACUCCGAGUCAUGUUAGUGAGGCUGUUGGAUGUGCAGACAGUGCAGACAGUAGUGAGGGUGUUGGAAGUUCAAUUUUAAUCAUCACUCUAGUUGAAGUAAAGUAUCCUCGUGUAAGUAUAGUUUUUGUUUUUUAGACUACAUUUUGUUUCAGUAGGUAUUAAUUUAUUUUUUCGUUUGUUUGUUUCUGUUUUAAUUUGGUUAUUUUUCUAUUUCAGUUAGUGUAUGUUUCUUCUCAGUUAGUAUCUGUUUCUAUUUCAGUUAGUGUAUGUUUCUUGUCAGUUAGUAUUAGUUUAUGUUUCAUUUAGUGUAUGUUUCUUCUCAGUUAGUAUUAGUUUAUGUUUCAGUUAGUAUCUGUUUCUUGUCAGUUAGUAUCAGUUUAUGUUUCAGUUAGUGUAUGUUUCUUGUCAGUUAGUAUUUGUUUCUAUUUUAGUUAGUGUAUGUUUCUUGUCAGUUAUUAUUUGUUUAUGUUUCAGUUAGUAUAUUUGUCAUUUUUGUUUAAGUAUUUUUUUCAUAUUUUAAUGCAAUGCAGGGUGAUGACUCUUAUUCUUCUUGAUCAAUCAUCAUACAAAUCGUACAUACCUAAGAAACAUUCAAAGUCAGAAAUUCUUUCAACACCUGAAUUAUUGAAGGGGUGGGACUAUGACUAUAAUUCGGAGAAAUCUGAGAAAGUUUCGAGAGUGGAGGAAAAAGGUGAUGAUUCUGAGGAUGAUGAUUUGGAUAAACUCAUUGACAAGAUUGCAAAACAAGGAGUUGAUUAUGAAGAGCCGAAAAAAGAAGAGGAUGAGAAGAAAGAUAUUGGAGACGUAGCUGGUGUUGGUUCUUCUUCUGCACCUGGUUUGCAGGCUAUCCCUGUCAAUAAUCAUGGCCUAAUCUUGUCUCGAAGCUUGCAUCAAUAUAACAAGUACCUGAGUGAUCUCUCUUCUGAAAACGUGUUGCUGGUUGAUUAUGUUUUCUACAAUGAGUUUGACAACGUUUCAAGGCUGUCAUUGGAUCCAAAUUCUGAACCUACAAAAACGAAUAAUUUGAUGCUGCAAGAUGAACUACAAAGUGAUAUCAUUGUGGACUUCGAGAAUCACGACAACAACUACUCGGUUCAGUUGUACAAGUUUGACCUUGUUAGCAUGCCUCGUCAGAGUUGGUUAACUAGUGGAGUUAUUGAUGGAUGCGCAUAUAUGUUUAAUAGGCAAGAAGAAGAAUCACCUUUUGCAAUGAGGAGAUUUUGGUUUAAUUUGAUGCCUUUUAACUAUAUUAAUUGGAUGUGUGAAGAGAAGGCAAAAAAGGUUGAGUUUGAUAGUGAAAUUGCUGAAAAUGAAAUUAUUUUGAAGAAGUUGGAGGGAACUAGUGAAUAUGAUGAGAAAUUGAAAGAAUGGGAAUAGAAGAAGAAAAAGUUGGUUACAAAAGAAGAUGAUUUAUUGUUCAAGAAAUGUAUUGGUUAGUGGGAUUGUAUUG